AUGACCUUGAAAAACAACAUCCAAUAUGCUAUUUGUUUCAAAUGGAGACAAAUCCCAAUGAAGGAAAAGUACGAGCUCAUUGUGGCAUGCCCCUUCCUCUGUGAAGCCGGUCGAGAGUGGAAACCGGAUAUAUACAUAAAGCAAGAUCACAGUCAGUUUUGGAAAAUCGACAAGCCCAACAUUCCCCAAAUGCUCCCCGGUGGAAAUAGGUUGGCCUUGAAAACAACAUCCAACGAUAUCCAUGUGACCGGCUCAAAGAAAGAUCAGCAAAUUCAUAUGUCUGACAACUAUAUUUUCGAAGAUGUAAACGCAGCGGUGGCUUGCCCAAAUUCUGGACAGUGGCUGCAGCAGCUCGCCAUCUCUUGCAGACACCGGAAGCCUGAGCAGUGUCUCUGA